ACAGCUAGCAGCAGCAAUCAUCAACAGCUAGCGAACAUUUCGUUUGUCUAAUGUUGUCUGGUGGUGUUAGAAGGGGUAAUGUGCGAUUAAUUUCUUGGUACUGAGGCUAACUAACCCAAGGUUAAUAUUUUUUUAUAUCGUGUAGUCAGUCAUCUUUACUUAGCAGCUUAAUGCCUGGCUUGACGAGAAGGGGGAGGGAUACACCAAGCUGCUAGCUGAAUCAUGGUAAAGAACCAGAAUAUAGACUAGCAGCCAGUCGUGCAUUAAAAAAUGCAUUUCAAUGUUAGCAAUGGGAGUACCCAUUGACAGUAAAUAGAAUGGGAGUACCAGUAGAAGGGCUAUGGGAGUACCAUCACAAAUAUGUGAUUAGAAUUUUGCCAAAAUUGUGAGUAGUAAUUAUGAUGUCAUAAGGACUUUGUGAGGUUUUUAACAGACUUCUGGGAGCUGUAGUGAAAGUGAGUAAAAUUCUAGAAGAACUGGGGGUAAUUCAUUACUCCUCAAUUGGUUUUAAAGUUUAAAGUAUGUCUUUACAAUAACAAAAAUCCGACAGACGUGACACGUAGGAUAGCCUACCAGUGUUUUACCAGGAAGAAUGUUGAGGAGAACAGUCUCGCAGCCCCUCGGACUGGAUAGAGGCGAGCAGCUUGGCAGGUUCAACGCCUCCUUGCGUGACUUGACAUCUUUUGCCAGGAGCCGUUCAAGUCUGAUGCUUGACAAUGAUUAUACAGCUGACUUUUUCACACAAGCUACACGCAGUCAGUGGGACAAUGAAGAUGACAGAUUUGGAUGGCAACCAAUGGGAAGGUGUAGGGGUAUGGGAUACGAAGAGCCUGAUCAUGAUGAUGUCAAGGUUUCAGAGGAUACUGUGUAUGUCGCGGAGGAGGAGGAAGUGUGGAACUCCUCUGAUCUGAGUGUGGGGGAGAAGAAGGUGAUUGUGGAGUUGCUGAAUAGCAAGAAGAGCCUGAUGAAGAGGAAUGCAGACCUGAUGAAAGCCCUCGACGCCUGUGAGGACACAAACACUCACCUGGAGAUGGAGGACGCUGCACUGAAGAGAGAGAUCAAAAGUAUGAAGCAAUCCAUUCAGGACGUGGAGCUGCUGAUGGAGGAGAUGGAUGGGAUGCGGGCCGCACUGACGGAGAGUGAGACAAAAAACAGUAACCUCAAGUCCUCCCUCAUCAACAUGGAAAAAGAAAACAAAGCACUUAUCAAUCAAAUUGAAACGAUGGCAAAUGAGAUGGCUAAUAUGUUGCCUGAGAGGGAAUCUGACAAGAACAAAAUCAGAGAUUUGACUCAGCACAUUAAAGCUUUACAGCAACAACUGGAGAAAAGUAGAGUGGAACUGGACAUCAAGACAGCAGAGGCAAAUAGAGAAGAAGAGUUGAACAACCAACUUAAAGCCUCUUUGGAGGAGAUGUCCACCAGAGAACAGAACCUCAGGGCGGCUGUGAAGAACCUGGAAGGGCAAUUGGAAUUCGCCAGAGUUACGGCAGGAGGAAGUUUUCUGAACUCGGGGGAUAUUGUGCUGCCUGCUACUCCAAAUCAGCUGUCCCUAGCAGAGGAGCUGGGCCUGUUGCCUGGUCUACCGGAGCUCGAUGAGUCGGAGGAGGACGAGGUCAAUGAAGCUGUAAAGGACGGAGAAGAGAUUGUGACCUCACCAGUAUCAAUACUGGAUGAUGAAUCAGAGGUGGAUGAAGUAGAUGAAGCUGAGAAGGUUGAAGAAGAGAUUAUUGUGGCCGUGGCUCUUGAGGAGUCUGGCGAUGCUAUGGACCUUGCCACUGAGGAGAGCACCAAAUGCCUGGAUGAGAAAAAUGUCCUCAAACUUCUGGAUGAGGAAAAUGUCAACAAAAACAGCCAAGCUGAGAGUUUUGACAUGGAGCAGAAAGGUGCCUGCUUUGUUGCAGAACUGGGACAAGCACCACAGUGCAAAAGAGCGACCUGGACAGAAGCAGCUUUCCACAGCUUCAGGAGAGGGCUCGUGGUCUCCGGCGCCUUCAUCCUGGGCGUCGUGCUGCCCCUGAGUGUGGUCAACACUGUAAUGCCACAGCAGCAACAACACGGUCGAUCAGGCCCCGGCUGUGCAGACUUCCUCUGGAGUACCUUUAGUCAAACUGUAGAGCAGUUCUGUAGCGUCCAGCUCCCUGACAGGCCGGCAUUUUAAAUCCAAUGUUACUAAGCACAGCUACAUUCCAAAGAUGUGGAUAAUUAUACUAAUACCACCACCACCACUAAUAAUAAUAAUAAUAAGGAAGCCAUGUCAAUUUCACAACUCUUAUAAUUGACUACAGAGCAGUGAACUUAACUGAUUUUUACAAGUGCCUUGAAACUUUUACAAAUGGAACUUAUUCUUACUUAAAUUGCCCUUACAGAAUGCUUAAUGUCUUAUAUUGAAAGCUGUUCAGGGCAUUGUCAAGUAUUUUAUUUUAUAUAUAUAUUAUUUUAUAUAUUUUUUUUCAUGUUGGUGACCCUCUUUGUUAAAUUCACCAAGUCUUGCUACCACAAUGUUCAAUGAUGGAAUUAAAGUUGGCUGGUGAUAGUUCUGUUAUGUCACCGAAUCUAACUGCUGGUCAAAUAGUUGUCCCCUUGCACCUCAUUAGGUAUAAUGAACAACAUCAUUAUGAAAUAAAGCAAGUCAAAGUCUUCAA